CAGGAGAAAACAUGCUAUGUAGAACAGUACCCAAGUUUGUCAAUAUAAAUGAACUCUACCGUCUGGAAGAAGGCUGCUCUCAGCUCAUUUCAAUCUGCAAUUCCAAAUCCUUAAAAGAGGGCGUCUGUGUUCAUAGCCCGAUUAUCAAGCUCGGUCUUCUUGGUAAUUUGUAUCUCAGCAAUAAUUUGCUAUCUCUUUACGCAAAACGCUUUGGAAUCAAACAAGCACGUAACCUGUUCGAUGAAAUGCCUGACAGAGAUGUGGUGUCCUGGACUACAAUGCAGGCUGCUUAUGUUAGGCACGGAAACUACAAUGAUGCUUUUGAAUUGUUUGAUCUGAUGACAACAUUGGGUAAUUCUCCAAAUGAGUUCACGCUUUCGACUUUGAUCCGAUCGUGCUCCGAAACUAGAGAGUUGAAGCUUGGAGGUUGCGUCCAUGGCUAUGCCAUCAAGGGUGGCUUUGAGUCAAAGCCAGUUCUGGGCUGCACCUUGAUUGAUUUGUAUGCAAAGUGUGAUUGUACUGAGGAAGCUUAUGAAACUUUUAGGAACAUGGAUGAUGCCGAUACCGUUACUUGGACGACGAUGAUUUCUUCGUUAGUGCAAGCACAGAAAUGGGCUGAGGCUCUCCAAUUAUACAUCACCAUGUUAGAGUCUGGGGUGGCUCCUAAUGAGUUCACCUUUACCAAACUUUUAGCAACGACGAGUUUUAUGGGUUUGAAAUAUGGGAAGUUACUCCAUAGUCAUUUGAUAUCAUUGGGAGUCAAUCUGAAUGUCGUUCUAAAGACGGCCCUCGUCGAUAUGUACUCUGGAUACCAAGAGUUAGAAUAUGCUAUGAAGGUAGCAAAUCAAACACCUGAAAAAGAUGUGUUUUUGUGGACAUCUAUUAUCUCCUGCUUCAGUCAAAAUUCGAAGGUCAAGGAGGCUAUUGCCGCAUUUCAAGAGAUGAGGAUGUCUGGGAUUCCACCCCACAGUUUCACAUAUUCCAGUGCUUUAAGUGCCUGCACAUUGCUACCAUCACUUGAAUUAGGCAAGCAAAUCCACUUGCAGGUAAUCUUGGCUGGUUUGGAGGCUGAUGUUUGUGCUGGGAGUGCACUAAUUAAUAUGUACAUGAAAUCUGACUUGAUAGAUGAUGCCUUGAGAGUGUUCGGGUCGAUAGCUACCCCAAGUGUUAUUUGUUGGACUUCUUUAAUAUCUGGUCUUGCUGAGCAUGGUUUUGAACAAGAUUGUUAUAGAUAUUUUCUAGAUAUGCAAGCAGCCGGAGUGCAGCCGAAUUCCUUCACUCUUUCUAGCAUUCUUGGCGCCUGCAAAAAUCAAAUAUCCAUGUUCCAUGGAUAUAUACUAAAAUCGAUGGCUUACCACGAUAUCGUUGUCGGGAACGCUCUUGUGGAUGCGUAUGCUCGAUCCAAGAUGGUGGAUGAUGCUCGGCGAGUGAUUAGGACUAUGAAGCAUCGGGAUCCCAUCACUUAUACUAGCUUAGCCACGAGAUUGAAUCAAAUGGGUGAUCAUGAAAUGGCACUAAAAACCAUUGAUUCCAUGCGUGCUGACAAUGUCAAGAUGGAUGAAAUUAGCUUGGCAAGCUUGGUAUCUGCAGCAACUGGGGUAGGCACAAUUGAAACUGGGAAACAACUUCACUGCUAUUCUUUGAGAUAUGGCUUAGACAAUACGCGUUCAGUUAAAAAUAGUUUGGUGGACUUUUAUGGCAAGGUUGGAUGCUUGAAGGAUGCCUGCAAAGCUUUUGAAGAAAUAACAGAGCCCGACGUUGUUUCUUGUAAUGGAUUGAUAUCUAUAUUAGCACUCAACGGGCAUAUCUCCGCCGCGCUCUCUGCCUUCGAUAACAUGAGGUUAGCUGGUUUGAAGCCUGAUUCUAUCACAUUGCUAUCAGUACUUUCAGCUUGCAGUCAAGGUGGUUUGGUUGAUUUUGGCAUGCAUUAUUUCCAAACUAUGAGAGAAACUCACAAUAUAGAACCGGCAUUGGAUCAUUAUGUUUGUGUCAUUGAUCUCCAUGGCCGCGCUGGGCAGCUAGAGAAGGCAAUGGAAAUUGUGGAAUCCAUGCCAUUUGAGGCAGAUGCCAAGAUCUACAGGACAUUGUUAAGCGCCUGCAAAUUGCAUAGGAACGUGCUGCUUGGAGAAGAUGUGGCAAGAAGAGGACUUCAACUUGACCCAUAUGAUUCAUCUUUCUAUUUGUUACUGGCCAGCUUGUACGAUGAGCUCGACCGACCCGAUUUAAGCACGAAAACUCGUAAGCUAAUGCGAGAUCGUGGAAUGAGAAAGAGUCCUAGCCAGAGCUGGGUAGAAUUAAGCGGUAAGAUUCAUGUCUUCAUCACAGGAGAUAGAUCACACCCUGAGAUCAAUGAUAUGGAAGAAAAGUUAGAAUUUCUGAGAGCUGAGUUCAAGAGUAGGGGCUUUUUGUAUCAUGACGAUGAAGAUUCAUGUCAUCAUAGUGAAAAAUUAGCUCUUGCAUUUGGUCUCGUCAGUAUGCCUCCAAAAGGUGUUGUACGUAUAAUGAAGAACAUAAGCAUUUGCAGAGAAUGUCAUGACUUCAUAUUGCUUGCAACAAAGGUUGUAGAGAGAGAAAUUGUUGUGAGAGAUGGGAGCAGACUCCAUGUGUUAAAAAAUGGAAGCUGCUCUUGCAAGCACUACCCAUGAUCAUGAACCUGCUACCAUAUUUGGAGCUUUGCGGUUG